GGAAGCACAAGCGUUGUCCGUGUAAAUACUCCGGAAAAGAAAUCAUUAGUUUGAGAAAUGGGUGCUGUCGCCUGAGAGCAGUACGAGAGAACAGCUUUAAGGAUCAUGGCAACGUGAAAUGUAAUUCCACACUCUACAAGGCGAGUGGGGUGUAACUAUGGAUAACCAAAACAACAGUUUCCCCAGUUUUGGUGAAUUAGAUGACUACCUUACCAGACGCAACUCUAACUUUGUGUGGCUUCUUGUUGCCACUAUUAUGUCAUGCGGAUGGAUCAUAUACCUGACAUACUACAAUUCCCGCAAUAUUGGACUCGUCCUCACCCUCAUCAUUAACCGACUCUAUAAGAAUGGAUACAUACACAUCGGUUCAUUUUCAUUCUCUGUGCUGUCCGGCAAGGUCAUGUUCCGAGAUGUCUAUUUCAUCAAUGAAGAUAUGUCUAUCAGAAUUCAAGAUGGGUUACUCAUAUUUCGUUGGUGGCAGAUGUACAACCCCAAACAGAAACAACAUGACCCGAAGGCUGAGACACGGCUCUAUGUCACUGUUAACGGCUUUGAGUUCCAUGUGUAUAAUCGCACGGAUCUGUACGCUCGGCUCCAGGAAACAUUUGGCCUAGAGCCCACCCUUAUCCCACUUCACCGGGAUGAGGAGAAAGGGCGAGAGCAAAGGGAUAAAUCCUUGGAGAGUGUUCACAUCAAAACUGAGACUCCGGACCCCUCGUCUUCCUGGAGGUCUCUCAUCCCUGUCAUCAAAGUCAACAUCAGUACAGGUCGCGUAGCGUUUGGUAAUCACCAUCUUCCUCAAACCCUCUGUAUGAAUUUUGAUGACGCCUUCCUGACGUAUGCCACCAAACCACCCAGCAGCCACUUGGAUCAGUUCAUGCACAUUGUAAAGGGCUCUCUGGAGAACGUCCGCGUCAUGCUGGUGCCCAGCCCGCGAUACCUGGGCCUUCAGAAUGAUGAACCUCCCAGGCUCAUGGGGGAGGGCUUUGUGGUCAUGCAGUCCAAUGAUGUGGACAUCUACUACUACCAGGAUGAACCAGGUUUGGUCCCAGAGGAACUGGAGAAUGGAGAUACAGAAGCAUGUUCUGAAGAUGCCAAACUACAGGACUUGCCUCCAUGCUGGGGUUUGGACAUUGUAUGUGGCAAAGGAACAGACUUUAACUACGGCCCAUGGGCUGACAGACAGAGAGACAGCCUAUGGAAGUUCUUCCUGCCUGCAGACUAUCAGCCAAUGAAAGUGAGCGAUGUUGCCACACCAGGCAAACCCCGACAGAUCCUCGCCUUUGAGCUGCGUAUGAACAUCAUAGCUGAUGCAACAAUAGAUUUGCUAUUCACCAAGAAUAGGGAGACUAAUGCGGUCCAUGUGAAUGUAGGAGCAGGUUCUUACCUCGAGGUCAACAUACCCAUGACUGUUGGGGAGAAUGGUUAUUCUCCCACUGUUAAAGGCCAGUUAUUACAUGUUGACACGACCAGCAGUAUGCAGUACAGGACACUGCUAGAGGCUGAGAUGCUUGCUUUUCAUGUCAUAGCCAGUUAUCCGCGUGUGUGGAAUAUGCCCCAGUCCUGGCAGUGUGAAAUCGAGGUUUACAAAGCCACGUACCACUUCAUCUAUGCACAGAAAAACUUCUUCACAGAUCUGAUCCAGGACUGGGCCAGCGACAGUGAACCGGACAUCUACUCAUUCGUUCCAUAUUCAUGGAAGUUUAAGAUACUUUUUCACCAGUUUGAGAUGAUUUGGGCUGCCAAUCAGCACAACUGGAUCGAUUGCUCCACCAAACAGCAGGAGAACGUUUAUCUCGCUGCCUGUGGGGAAACGCUGAAUAUUGACUUCACUUUGCCCUUUCACGAGUUUGUCCCGGCCACCUGUAACACACGUUUCUGUUUGAGAGCUGAGGACACAGACAUGCGCUUGUGUCUGCCUGACUGUAACCCCAGCCGGUACCCGCUGCUCACGCUUACUAAGGAUUACCAGCAUUGCAAGUCCCCUCCAGAAAACAAUAUGCCAACAGAAGGGCAAGGAGCACCUCCCAAAAACAACAAACCUCGCUGGAGGAACAUGACUCACCCUGAGGCCGGUUGGGUGGACUGCUGGAGUGUGCCGAACUUCAUGCUGAUUAUAGACUAUACUUGGCAUCCCAUCUACCCUCAGAAAUCUGACCAGCAGCUCAAACAAUCAUUGUCAGAAAUAGAGGAGUCCAUGCUGUCAGCACUGCGGCCGCCAGACCUCGUUCCACCUGUGCCGCCUCCACCUAAAAUCUCCUCUGACCCCAGCUUGCUGCCACCUGACCGUUUACAUGUGGAGAUGGAGCUGAGCCCAGACUCCCACAUCACCCUUUAUGGCCCUCUCCUCAGAGCGCUGUUGUCCAUCAAGGAAAACUAUUUCGGAGAGGAUGACAUGUACACAGACUUUGAGGAGUCUCUGUCCAGCCCUGUGCUGAGCUCCUGCUCUUCAUCAUCCGGUUGGACCAGAGUGGGCCUGGAGGAGAGCCGCUCUAAAGAUGCACCACAUCCUCUCUCGUUACGGCCCUGGGACAUCACCGUACUCAUCAAUCUGCACAAGGUCCAUGGACGCCUUCCAACGCACUGCAGCAGUGACGGCCCAGAGGGUCCUACAGGCUUCAUGGAGCGUCUGUGUUUUGAGAUGAAGAAGGGUUAUAAGGAGACCAUGCUACAGCUCGUUCUCUCGCCUCUACAUGUGUUUGUCAGCGAUAACUAUCAGCGGCCUACGGUUGAUGCUGUGUUGCGAGAUGGGCACCUGAGCCUCUCAGGGUUGCAGAUGAGGGCCCACGCCAUGUUCUCAGUGGAGGGCUUGCCGGCGGGCAGUGACACACUCGAAUAUGCUUGGCUCAUCGACGUUCAGGCUGGAGCUCUCACAGGAAGAGUUAGUGUGCCACAGUGUGCGUCUCUUCUGGAAUGGGGUGAGAGCUUUGUGUUUCAUGUAAUGUCCCGAGAGUUCCAGCUUGAGCAGCCAAAACCAUCUGUCACCUGCCAACAUGGAGUUGAUCGUAGAGUCUGUGAUGCCAAGUAUGCAGCCUUGCCUGGUCCCUGUCGCACAUCAGAGGAUCUGAAGUACACCAUGACUCGACUAACGGUUGAUGGAGCCCAGGUUUUCAUUGUUGAACAUGGAUGUGCAGCCAAUAUUAAGACCGGAGCCCUGCGGUUGGCCACAUGUAAUCUGCACACGGCUGCUGUCGGUGAAGGCAUCAGUGCCGUUUUGCAAGACGUAGUGAUCGCUCAGUUCAUCGAGCAACAGGAAGUUGCACGGCUUGGCCUUCCUCCUCCCCUCCUUAGGCGCUCUCAUUGGCUUGAAGCCGGUUCGGUGACCUUUAACCUCAUGACGGCUGAUGUGGCUUUAGCCGCUGACCAUCCAGCCAAAUAUGAGGUCCAGAGGCAGUUCCUGGAGCUUCAUGACAUGAAAACAAAAAGACUUUGCUUCCUUUGGCCGGAGGAGAAAUUUAAGCGAAGCCGGAACCGCUGUGGAUGUCUUGGUGGAUGUCGCUUUUUCGGCGGCUCCGUCGGUGGCCUGGACUUCUUCCGUUUGGAGGAAAUCACACCCUCAUCAAGCUCCGCCUUCUCCAGCGGUAGUGCAGAUAUUGACAUGUCCUAUGGCCAGUCAUUAUUACAUCCAGGAGAAUGGAUCGUCACUAAGGAAACUCCUAAACUCUCUGAUGCUAAAGGUGUUGCUAUGCGGAGAGAUGUGUGUUCUCCUGCUCCGAUGGUGGACUUGGAGAGACGUGGCCAGCACCUUAGUCUUCACGUACCUCAGCGCUCGCAUAGCUCUGCCUCUUCCUCAGAGGAAAACUCUUCCUCCAGUGCUGCCCUGCCUCUGUUAGCUGGAGAACGAGAGAGUCCCUCCCCUUCUAUAGAGUUAAUGAAUGUAACCACUGACGGGCCAAUCCCUGAGGGUCCACCUUUACGCUCUCCGCUGCGCUCUCCUUUAAAGCGCCAGUCCUCUGUCCAAUCAGCUCGCCUUGGGAGCACCAAGAGCCUAUCGGCUGCUGUCUUCGCAGAGAAAGUCACGCCUCCUACAGGUGUGCAGUUUAGCAGCGAAGUUUCCCGUAGCGAUGAGAACGUUCUAGACUCUCCAAGGCAGAGAAGAAGCUACGGAUCAUUUCCUUUCACUCCAUCAGCUGAUUCUAGCACAUUCCAUCAGUACCGCUCUGUUGACUCCUCCAUGUCUGUGGCUGACAGUGAAGCGUACUUUAGCGCUAAUGAGGAGUUUGAGCCAAUCAGUAGCGAUGAAGGUCCAGGUACCUAUCCAGGGAGGAAACGUAGACGAAGACAACAGGGUCAGCCCCACACAGAACACAGCCGCACCUCCAUAUACCACAGUGUGGAAGGACCUCUGUCAAUUGCUGAGACCCGCCUACCUCCGAUGCCUAGCCACACCUCCCAAGCCUCAUUUGUCUCUGCACUUGGAUUGGAGGAGGAGGGAUCUGUUGAAACUGAGAAGGCGGAGCCUGGCCUCCUGACAACACAGCCGAAUUUAAUGGCUUGUUACCAGACUUACCUUGCACAUUAUCAUGUGUCGAACUGGGCUGUUAAGCAGCCAACCAAUAAGAGAACAUCUAAGUCGUCACUGCAUCGCCCACUUGACCUUGACACGCCUACGAGUGAGGAGAGCUCCGCCUCCUUUGACCAGUUGUCCAUCCCGUCUUUUAAGAUGGUGAAGGCUGGUUUGUCUGCCAGCUCUCUGUUGGACAGAGGAGUUCAGCUCAUGGGUGAUAUAAAUAGCACACCUUACACACCCCUUGACAAGCGAGCGAUGGACAACACUGAUGAGGACACAAUGACAGAGGACUGGACUGUUGACCAGCCUCUUGCCCAGACGAGAACCACAGCCAUCGUAGAGGUCAAAGGGGCGGUCAAUGUGGUCCUGACUCCUUUAGUAGCUGAAGCACUAGACAGGUACAUUGAGUCCAUGGUUCACUUUGCCAGUAUUCGCCACCCCGCAUCAAUCCUGGAUGACCUGCAUGGGAAAGUGCUUAAUGAAGUGUAUCAGAUCAGCAAAUCCACUGUCUCUGAGUCUAGCACAGCGAAAGCAGAGCACAAAAUAUCAAAGACAGAGGGAACCACCCCUGGGUCUCUGAGCACACCGCAUGGACAAACUGAUCUGUCAAUCAAGCCUGACAAUGUGAAGAUAAAGGGUUUGCAGGCUAAUGUCACUGUCCCAAAGGUGAAUCUCUGUGUACUUCAAGCAUCCGAAGAAGAAGGUUCCCCCUCCAAUAAGAGUGUCAUACAUGUCUCUCUCGUGUCCUUGUGUUUUGACCGGAUUGCUACUCAGCUGCGCAUGAAUAGGGGUAUAGUGGAGGACACAGAAAAGCCCUCUGCUAUGAUGGAGAAGUACUCGUCUGCGUCUAAAAUGGCCCCUCAGUCCAGUGGCUCUCUCCGCUCAAAUGCUGGGAUUGAGAAAGGAAAGGAGAUCGCAGCCAGACUCAACAUACACCGCAUACACAGCCAACUCCGCGGCCUGGACUCAUCAGACCUUGGAGCUUGUGCCAUCACUGCCAUUCCGUUUAAGAAGUCCAAGGUUCUCUUCAGUUUGGAGGAAACUGAUGACUUUGUUUUAGUGGAUGAGACUGAGCCCUCCAUCUCUACUGAGCAUGUCCCAGAACACACCCCUGACCAUGCUCGCUCUGGAGCCAGUCCUGAGAAAUGGGGUUGGAUUAUGUUUGAGUGUGGGAUUGAGAACCUUACUGUGAAAGGUGGGCGGCAGUCAGGUGCCGUGCUCUACAGUGCUUUUGGGGUGAUGGGUGAGGCCGACAACGGUGUCAGGCAUGGAGUUUCGAAAUCAAACGGUUCUAGUGGUUCUCAGACAGGAAGUGGCUACAGCACGGAUGUAUCUGAUGAUAACCUGCCCAAUGAUGCACAGAGCCCUGCCUCUGAACCCAACAACAAUUCAGACUCUGACGAACAGGAUGAGGGAGUGGAGUCAGAUGAUCUGAAAAAGGACCUGCCCCUUUUGCCUCCUCCUCCUGACUCCAGCAGUAUGAAGCUGACUAUAAAGGAGAUCUGGUUCAGCUUUGCUGCGCCAACCAACAUUCGAUCUCACACUCCAGCCAUGUCUAGGCAGCUGAAUCUCUUGAGUACUGCGACCCCUGCAGUCGGUGCGUGGUUGGUUCCCAUUGACCAGCUGAAAUCGUCACUGCAGAAACUGGAAAUGGAGGCCACACUGCGUGUUUGUGCGGUCAUGGGCUGCAUAAUGACUGAGGCCCUGGAGAAAAAGAGUAUUCACAUUCCAUUUCGCAGCAAGUAUAACCGUGUUACAAAGCGAGCCCGAUAUCUUCACGAGAACCCGUCCUGCUUACUGUGCAAUAUUCUGCAUCGCUACCUGCAGCAGGCUGAUUACAGCAUUAUAGAAGAGGCCACCAUGAACGAUGGACUGCCUGCUCUGGUCACCCUGAGGAAAGGUAUGGUGGCACUUGCACGUCAGUGGAUGAAAUUCAUCGUUGUCACUCAGGGCUUUAAGGCGGUUGGUUUGCCACGACCCAAUCAACUUCCUAAGCCUAAAGAGCCAGACCCUAUCGAGCCUGAUCAGAUACAGGGGCCGGAUAGUGGUGCUGCCUUGCAGAGUGACACCAGCGCUGAUGGAGCCGAGUUUGAGUUUGAUGCGGGCACCGUAAGUGAACACACAAUGCUGUUAGAGGGAGUAUGUAGUCGUCCUGCUCCUACCGGUAACUCUGCCCCUGUGACUGGUGUCGAGAUCAUGAGAAAGCUGUCCAAAUCUCAUACACACAACGAAUCUGCACUCAGGAUCAAGGGUUCCCAUCCUUACCAGUCCCUGAGCUACACGAGUGGAGAUACAGCAGCUGAUUCUCCUGCUCAUGUCAGUCGGACAGGGCUGCAGUCCAGUCAUAGCCCUAGGAAAGAAUCUUUGCUAAGUUAUUUGACAGGAAGCAUCCACAGUCUACACAACCUGCUAGAAGCAACACCCCAUCGAGCAAAUGAACAAACCGCAGCCAAGAGCAGCUCUCUGACACGUACAGGCAACAGUGUAGGUGCAGACAUGUUGACGGAACAUCCUCUUCUAUCGGAGCCGUUUUCCGUCAGCUUCUACAACUGGAUGUCAAACGCUGUUGGCAACCGAACAGGCGGCAAUGUCCAGGACUCUCCCCUCAACCGCUCUCAACACAACAGCCUGCAGACUGGAGGAGUGCUCCCCACCAUUCCUUCUGCAUCAGAUUUUAACACCGUACUGUCCAGUGAUCAGAAUACACUGGACACACACUCUCAGCACACACACUCCCAGCACAGCACAAGUCAGGAGGACCUGCUUGACCAAGAUGAGACGAAUCUCUGCCCUGCAGCUGUGCAGCUAGCUGACGCACAGGUUGUUUUUAAGCCUUUGUUGAGUCACAUUGGAAUUCAGCCACAAGAUGCUCCUCCUCUCAGUUACAAGAUGUAUUUUGGGGAGCACCUGUCCUUCAGCGGCACUCUCGAGUGUUUGAGAGCUGACAUUGUUGACUCUGACACCAGCAAAGAAAGGAAGAACAAACGAGCACACAGGCAGGGUAUGGUAAAUCUCCCCCCUCUUGAUUUCAAGCCCGCCCUGAUGAUUGAGACGUUCAGUUUGAAUGCAGUCGUGCUAGAGAAGUGCAUGUCCACCCCUCCCUCUGCCAGCGCGCUGUCUUUCCACGAGCUGAGCCGGAGACCACAAGCUAGCGUGCACUGCCAUUUUACCCUCGCUUGUCAGGCGAUUCGCCAGCAUGUAGAUAUGGCCCUGGUCCGCCUCAUUCACCAGUUCAGCACGAUGAUUGAUGACAUCAAAGCCACACAGACUGACAUCAAACUCAAUCGCUACACUGCCGGCUCCUCCUCCCCCACGCCCACCAAGGCACGGCCUUAUCGGGAAUUCCGCUCGUCUGAUUUCAGCCGUAGUUCUCGUGGGAGCCUGAAUGGAGCUGCUCGACUCGGCACUCAGAAGGGCAAACGCACUGUAGUCGGGCCAGGCCUGGACACACUGACUAGGAAUCGAGAGCCUCGUGGAAGGGGGACGCUGGGACGUUCAGAGCGAAGGACGUCAAAAGUAUCGCGGAAAGGUUCACGUGAUGUUGCGGACCACAUGACCAUUCAGAUGGAUGACUCGGACUCCAUCACAGUGUCAGAACAGAGCGAGCCGUCAGCUGAGUGCUGGCAAAACAUGUACAAACUUCUUAAUUUCUACUCGCUAAUAUCAGACCCCACAGGCAUCCUGGAGAAGAACCAAGAUAAUGCCCUCUCAGAGGGUGGGCGGAGCCCUGCGGAUCCUCCAUGUCGAUUGGUGUUUGAAUCGGAGGGCGAGACGCCGCCCAGUCGGCUGGGUCGUAGGCGGAGUUUAGUAAGCUCUGAGCCCCAGCAUGUGACGCUGAUCGUGUUUGGCGUUGGCAUGGUGAACCGCACGCAUCUGGAAGCAGACAUUGGAGGACUAACUAUGGAGGCGGAGCUUAAGAAAAUACAUGGCAGUUUUACUCUAAAGGAGAAAAUGAAAGACAUUCUCCAUCAGAAGAUGACUGAGACCUGUGCCUCGGCCCAUAUCGGAUGUGUGAACAUUGUGCUUCUGGAAGGAAUCACACCAGACAUACAACUAGAGGAUUUUCCAACCUCACCUACCAGCACAACCAAGCAGGAGUUCCUGACUGUGGUGAAGUGUAACAUCGCAAAGUCCCAGGCUUUAUAUAGCGCACAGCGUGGGCUGAAGACCAAUAAUGCUGCAGUAUUUAAAGUGGGCGCUAUCUUCAUCAACAUCCCGCAACACCCUGCAACGCUGCACAGCAUGAUGGUCCGCAGCUCCCAUCAGCUCUCAAAACAGAUUUCAGACCUCAUCCGUCAGCCCUCCAACACCCCGCCUCCCAACCGAGAAGAGACGCCUACUCCACAGCCCUCUGAAGUGAGUGUCAAUCAAACUCCAGUGGAGGCCAGUGAGUUUCCUCAGCUGCCCGAGGGACUGGAGAAGAAGCCAAUCGUGUUGAAAUUCAGCGCUAUGCUGGACGGGAUCACUAUUGGUGCAGCCCUGUUGCCCUCUCUUAAAGCAGAAUACAAGAUGGGUCGCAUGAAGAGCCAUGGCAUGACGGGUGCUCAGACGCGUUUUACUUUCGAACUGCCCAAUCAUAAGCUGUGUUUCCAGUCAAAGGUUUCCCCUGUGGACGUGACGGCCAUGCCCCCCACUGCCAGCCUGAAUCUGCCUCCUGUCACCAUGUCAGGACAGUACAUUAUACAGGAGCAUGAGGGCCACAGCGACACGGCCUGGGCCCCAGAAUACAGCAACUAUCUGCAGGGAAAUUACUUGCGCUGUGUAGCUGAGAUUGGAUCUUUCGAACACAACUUGACCACAGAUUUGCUCAACCACCUAGUCUUCCUACAAAAGGUCUUCAUGAAGGAGGUCAAUGAGGUCAUCCAGAAAGUGUCAGGAGGGGAACAACCAAUCCCACUGUGGAAUGAACACGAUGUGUCGACAGAUGGCGACAAACCGAAAAUCCUGCUUUACUCUCUAAAUCUGACGUUUAAGGGAAUUCAAAUGACGGCCACCACUCCUUCUAUGAGGGCGGUGCGCUUUGAGACGGGCUGUAUUGAGCUUGAACUGUCCAAUCGGGUUCAGUGCAAAACUACUCCUACAGGAAGUAACUACCUGAAGCUUUUUGGGAAAUGUCAUGUGGAUCUCAACUUGGCUUUGGGGCAAAUCGUCAAACAUCAGGACUGCCAUAACCUCCCAGAGGGGAGGAAGAAGAAUAAUAAUAAUAAUAAAUAUAGCUGCAAGCAGCAAUGCGGGGCCAAGCCCCGAAGGCGCUGCAAGCAGAGCAACAGAGCAAGCAGAGCAGAACAUCAAGCAGACAAGCAGAGCAGCACAGCAAAGCAAGCAGAACAGCAUUUCAAGCAGAGCAACACUGCAAACAGAACAGCACAGCAAGCAGAGCAGCACUGCAAGCAGAACAGCACAGCAAACAGAGACAACAUAAGACAACAAACAGAGGUGUAUGAGGAGGCGGGGUCAGAUUUCCACCAGGUGGCGUACUUUCGCACUCGAAUUGGUUUGCGGAAUGCACUUCAGGAGGAGAUCAGUGGCAGCUCUGACAAAGAGGCUGUCUUGAUCACACUCAACCGCCCUAUUGUUUUUGCUCAGCCAGUGGCAUUUGACAGAGCUGUGCUGUUCUGGCUGAACUAUAAGGCUGCCUAUGAUAACUGGAAGGAACAGCGCUUGGCUCUCAACUCGGACAUUCAUAUGGCCACUAAAGAGGUGGUAGACAAACUGCCAGCAAUACAGCAGACCAGCGUCCAGGCCUUCAGCACUCUCUUCCUACAGCUUACUGUCAAUGACCUGGGCAUCUGCCUGCCUAUCACCAGUUCCUCACAGACCAAUCACAGUAUUGAUCUUGACAAUGGCUCAGCACUGGUGUUAACCAUUGAGAGUACGCUAAUAACAGCCUGUUCCUCCGAGUCUCUGGUCAGCAAAGGCCAUUUUAAGAACUUUUGCAUUCGAUUUGCUGAGGGGUUUGAGACAACUUGGGAUGACUGGAAACCUGAGGUCAGAGGUGACCUGGUCAUGAAUGCCUGUGUUGUCCCUGAUGGUACUUAUGAGGUUUGCUCCAGAACGACAGGCCAGGCCUCUGCAGAGAGCAGCAGCGCAGGGACGUGGACCCUUAAUGUGUUGUGGAAGAUGUGUGGUAUCGAUGUGCACAUGGAUCCCAACAUCGGCAAGCGUCUGAAUGCUCUGGGUAACACGCUCACCUCUCUGACUGGUGAAGAGGACAACGAUGACAUCACUGACCUCAACUCAGUCAACAUGGCUGACCUGUCAGACGAGGACGAGAGCGAUGGCAUGUCCCCCCCCAUACACAUGUGUCCUGAAGGUGAUCUCAGCCCCAGACUUUCGUUCAGGAAGCGGCUGGUGAACAGCAUUCUGGGCAUUAGCCCCAGCCCCCCUCCCCUCUCACCUUCUGAGUGUCGUAAUAUUUCUCCAUCAUCCACAAUCACUCGGCUAAAGUCGAGAAGUGUUCGCCUGUCAUCCACAGCCAAUGCAGAACGAACUAGACAUCCCAGACCCCUGUCCUGGGGCUGUGAGCCUGUGGACCUGCGCAGGCAGGCAGUGAUGAGCAAUCAGAUAAUCGACGCUCGUGGACGAAAGUUCUCCAAGCGCCUGGUGGACAUUAGAGAACUCAAUGAGCAGGCCAGAGUCAUUGACGAUCUCAAGAAACUGGGAGCAAGUGAAGGCACUAUUAACCAGGAAAUCCAGCGCUAUCAGCAGUUGGAAUCUGUCGCUGUCAAUGACAUCCGCCGAGAUGUGCGCAAGAAGCUGCGGCGCUCCAGCAUGCGGGCUGCAUCAUUGAAAGAUAAAUGGGGUUUAGGGUACAAGCCCAGCUACAGCAACAGCAGGUCAAAGAGCAUCUCAGCAACAGGCAGACCAGCAGUGAAGAGGUCGGAUAGACCCAGGGACGAUCUGCCAGACAUCAAAGUGGAUGCAGCAUCUCCAGCACCAAGGGUUACCUUCAACAUCGACACGAUGGACACCCCAAACCUAAUCCCAAGUCCAGCUGGCUCUGUAUUUAAGUUCCCGGAGGAGACAGAGGUGGACCUGUUGUCUGUCGCCAUUGAUGAUCCUGCCCAUUACACAUCAUGCUCAGUGUUCAGUGCCCCUGGCACACCCGCAGUCUUUUCACCAACCAUUCCCUUCCAGCCUGAUGACAGUCGCCGUGACGACCUCUCCUCGACAUCGUCAGAGGACUCGGACAAAGAUGACGAGUUUGACAGGGACAGGCCGCACAGCUAUUACCGCAGACCAGGGGGCUCUCAGAGGAAGUCAUCUGCACUUUCUGCAUUAUUCAGCGAGCGCUGGCCCAACACACCCCCUCAGCGUGGAGGAUUAGCUCCGCCCACUGAACGGAACAUUGACUUUGAGCUGGACGUGCGUGUCGAGAUUGAUAGCGGCAAGUGUGUGCUGCACCCCAGCACCCAGCCACCUGAGCAUGAAGAUCUCGCACUGAGGAGGAGUUGUGAGCGGAGCUCGAGGAGUCUGGAUCAGGACUCUCCUCCUAAGAAGCGAAAGCUGCAGCACAGUUUAGGCUCCAGCUCUCAUCUGCUGAAUGCUAAGCGAGUACCCACCUCUUUGCAGAGCAAGGCCAGUGACAUUGAGACCACGGUCUUCUACAUCCCUGGAGUGGAUGUUAAGGUCUGCAGUGGAUCUUUUGAUAUGCUACAUUACAACUCUAAAAUGCUGAAGACGGAUUCGCCCAAUGCCUCGCGUGGAUCCUCCCUUCCCAGAACCCUUUCCAAAGAGUCCAAACUGUAUGGUAUGAGAGACGCACCCGCACCACCAGCCUCAGGCCCCGGCAAGACUAACACACUCCUCCCUCCCCCUCCCCCUCCCCUCCCUUCAGCUAAAGGCAAGGCGGGUGUAGGGGUGAAGACGGCUAAGCUGUAUGCAUGGGUAGCCCUGCAGACACUACCAGAGGAAAUGGUCAUCAGCCCAUGCCUGCUGGACUUCCUGGAGAAAGCGCUGGAGACAAUUCCCAUCACACCAGUCGACAGGAACUACACAACCCUCAAUGUUCCUGAGGAGGAUGUGGGUCACUUUGACUCUGUGGAGCCUUUGGAGGAGUCUCAGGUGUCUCUUGUGUCUUCUGCUUCAUAUCCGUACUCCUCCUUUCCUGUGGAUGUGGUAGUUUAUGUCAGGGUGCAGCCAUCUCAGAUCAGGUUCAGUUGUCUGCCCAUGUCUCGAGUGGAGUGCAUGCUGAAACUUCCCUCUCUGGACCUGGUCUUCUCAUCCAAUAGGGGUGAACUUGAGCCCACCAGUGCCACCCAUCCACCUGAGGGCCAACACACACCUUCCUCCACUCCUCCAUCGGUACACAAUGCCAACAGAGUGCCUGGAAGCAAAGGUCCAUCCACAGGGUUAGGUAGUCCUCUGGGGCGGAGUCGCCACCACAGCAGCCAAUCAGACUUAACAGGCCCACCAAUUAACUCAUCAGGUCUGAGUUUCACUGCCUGUAUGUCAGAUUUCUCCCUGUAUGUAUUUCAUCCUUAUGGAGCCGGCAAACAGAAGUCUGCAGUUACUGGCCUUCCGCCUGGACCAGGACCACUGGGAGCAGCGGAUGAAGAGGCCUCUUCAGUGACAGGCAGGAAAGAUUCUCUAUCUAUCAACUUGGAGUUUGUGAAAGUCAGUCUUUCCAGGAUGAGACGUACAGGAUGUCCAGCAUUUAUUGAUACUUCCAUUGCCAGCAAAGGUGGGAAGAUGGACACCACUCUUAUUAACAUCUCAGCGGUGUGUGAUAUCGGUUCUGCAUCCUUCAAGUAUGACAUGAGACGUCUGAGUGAGAUUCUUGCAUUCCCACGAGCUUGGUACCGCAGAAGCAUUGCCAGGAGAUUGUUUCUAGGAGACCAGACCAUUAACUUACCAGCUUCAGGUCCUGCCACGCCAGACUCCGUGGAGAGCAUCGCCCAGCACCUGUCUCCUGAGUCUAGCCGAAAAGCGUACUGGAGGACGUGGGACGGCCAAUCCACUCAACACCCCUCCGUCUUCACUGAUGCCACACCAAGCCAUGCACACCUCAAAUCACCUGCCACCGGACGUUCCCGCAGUGUGUCCGACUCCUCAGCACCACGCAGAGACUCUGUCACCAAGACCUCCACCCCGUCGUUUCGGAAUGGAAAAACAGCAGCAGCACAGCAGGGUUCGCCAUGGGAGACGCUGGUGGUGUUCGCCAUCAACCUUAAACAGCUUAAUGUCCAGAUGAACAUGAGCAAUGUCAUGGGCAACAAUACUUGGACAACAAGUGGGCUGAAGAGUCAGGGUCGUCUGUCAGUGGGCAGUAACAGAGAUCGUGAGAUCAGCAUGUCUAUCGGACUAGGUCGCUCCAAACUGGAUUCCAAAGGAGGAGUGGUGGGUGGCAACAUUGACGUCAACACACUGGAGAUGGUCUCCCAUAUUUCAGAACAUCCAAAUCAGCAGCCCAGUCAUAAGAUCCAGAUCACCAUGGGCUCCACAGAGGCCCGGCUGGACUAUAUGGGCUCCAGCAUAUUAAUGGGCAUCUUCAGUAACGCUGACCUGAAGCUCCAGGAUGAGUGGAAGGUGAACCUCUGCACAACUGAGGCCAGUCUAUCUGAGAAAAGUGAGAUCUUUGUACAUGGAGACCUGCAGUGGGACAUAUUCCAGGUGAUCAUCUCCCGCUCCACCACCCCUGACCUGAUAAAGAUCGGCAUGAAGCUGCAGGAGUUCUUCACACAGCAGUUUGACACCAGCAAGCGAGCCCUGUCCACCUGGGGUCCGGUGCCCUACAAUCCUCCCAAAACCCCAGUCAUCAACAUGGACAAAGGAGCAGCUGAGCUCUAUAUGGAUGCUGCUCAUCACAGACAUUGGCCCAGUGUGUUGAAGAUGGUGGCUGGAUGUCACAUUUCCCUCUUCCAGAUGCCCCUCCCAGAGGAUGCUGUGCAGCUGGGCGGCUCGAUGAGUCUCCAUGGCAACCACAUGACUCUGGCUUGUUUCCAUGGGCCCAACUUCCGUUCCAAGUCCUGGGUGCUGUUCCACCUGGAAGAGCCCAACAUCGCUUUCUGGACUGAAGCACAGAAGAUCUGGGAGGAUGGCUCCAGUGAUGAUUCUACAUAUAUAGUUCAAACCCUUGACUUCCACCUUGGGCAUAAUACCAUGGUAACCAAGCCUUGUGGUGCUCUGGAGAGCCCAAUGGCAACCAUCACUAAGGUUACCCGCCGCCGUCAUGAAAACCCCCCGCAUGGGGUGGCUACCGUCAAAGAAUGGUUCAACUAUGUCACUGCCAUGAGGAACGAAGAGCUGAACUUGUUGCGUAACGUGGAUGCAAACAACUCAGAAAGUGGAGCAGCAGCAAAGAGCUCCAGCCUUCUGAGCGGCUUCAGGGGCUCCUCCAGCUACAACCACGAAACCGAGACCAUCUUCGCCCUUCCCAAAAUGCAACUCGAGUUCAAAUCCAUUCAUGUACAAGACCCAGAGGAACCUUCUCUCAGUGAUGCCGGCAGUAAGCCCAAAGUGGAGUGCAGUGUGGUCACCGAGUUCACUGAUCACAUCUGUGUCACCAUGGAUGCAGAGCUCAUCAUGUUCCUGCAUGACCUGGUGUCGGCAUACUUGAAAGAAAAGGAGAAAGCCCUCUUCGCGCCGCGCAUCUUGGCGUCUCGAUCUGGUCAGAAGAGCCCCACCGCGCAGCAGGAUGAAGCCUCAUCAGAGAAGAAGGAAGAGGGAGUAAACUAUACUACAGUGGACUGGAGAGAGUUCCUCUGCAACACAUGGCAUCUGGAGCCCACACUACGGUUGAUCUCGUGGACGGGCCGUAAGAUCGAUCCAGUGGGAGUGGACUACAUUUUGCAGAAGUUGGGAUUCCACCAUGCCAGGACUACGAUUCCCAAGUGGCUGCAGAGAGGAGUGAUGGACCCUCUGGAUAAGGUUCUGUCUGUUCUCAUUAAGAAACUUGGCACGGCAUUACAGGAUGAGAAAGAGAAGAAAGGUCAAAGAGACAAAGAUGAGCAUUAACUCAAACACUUCAAUGUAUUAAUACAUUUCCGCUACCUGGAGCCAUCUGUGUGAAUUAUUAUUAUUAUUAUUAUUAUUUUUUUUUUUAACCUUGGAUGAAACCACUGGAUUUGUUGCAAACUACUGUACAGCACUCACAAACACAUCACAGCCAUCGCUAUACUGUGUGAACAUUAAUGUUUGCCCUGGUUCAUAUGGCUAUAGCUCUCGAAUGACUGAAAGUGUUUUUUCUUUUUUGGUUUUGUACAUUUUCAUUUUCACAUCAAGUAAACAUUGGAUAGCUGCUGCUGAAUGCCAGUUGGACUUUUAACAUGAAUUAAAUGCACUUACGCGUCACUGACACUAACAAAUGAGCAGUGAUCUUAAGCUACAGUAUACAGUGUGCUCUUGAAAUCGGUUUACAUGAGUUCAGAGGAGCGAUACGCAUCCUGUGUUCUUUCUUUGAGGUGAAUAUACUGCUGAAUAUUGCCAAUCAGACUUUUUAAGUAGUUUUAUUUAACAUUUUAAGAGCAAACAAUACAGGUAACCGCUGACCGGGUGGUAAAGUGUUCUUUCAGCCAGCAGAGGAAGUGUGAACAUCCCUAUGCCUAAUUAUUCCUUUGAGAGUGACCAAAUUUUAUGAUGUCUGAUUAACAACACAUUUUGAGGGAUGAUAUAGUGGAAAUGCCUCAGAUAUUCCUGUGAAUACAUCCGAACCUCAGAUUGUGCUGUGUAAUGUGAACUGGCCUAUAAAGCAAGGCUCUAACUUAAGUAGACAAACAAAAUGUAAAUAUCCUAAAUGCAUAAGCUGUUACCCAUGUUAGGCCUGUGGUGAUAGUGUUUUUCCUUUUUUCAUAACAAGUGCAAUAGACCAUUGUAUGUACAGAGGUAAAUAUGUUCAAUGUGCUGAUUUCUUAACUGAAUAAAAUCAUUACUACUAAAAUGAA